ACAGAAAGACCCAAGCCAGGGGCCUGUAACGCCGAACCAUCCCUUCGUGCCCGCCUCCCAACGGACGUUCCUGAGGACAACAACACCUCCCAGAAGGCUUCGCGGCCCGAUUCAACUUCCGGCCAGAAAGCUGUCUGCGUUUCCUGUGUGAGGAGGAGGCACCGUAACUCCUGCGCCGAAGGCCGGGCUGGAAGGUGCAAACCUACCGUGCCGCGCAACCCUGAGACCUGGCUAGACGCUGAGAAUUGCAGUUACAGUCGUUGAGGGAGGGUCCAGGCAGGGCGCUGAGAGGAACUGGCCGCGGGUGCGUCUCUGGACCACAUUUCCCAGAGGGCCCGGUGGGCCGGUCGCUCUUCUCGCAAGAACGCGAACGUUUCGUCACGCCUGGCGGGACCGUUAGAUCGGUGAAGUGAGAGUCGGUGGGUCGCGGAGGACUCGAAAGGCGUAGUAAAUUGAGGAGCCCGGAGAUAGGUACCGAGGGAACUUCUGUGAAGUUUGGUCAGGUUAUAGCCCUUCGGCAGCGAUGGCUUCAGCUUUUUCCUGACACACGGAUUAGGCAGAAUGCUCCAUUCUCUGAUCUCCAUUCCCUGCGUGUGGUGGGGGCUGGGGCUGUGACUGGAGGUGACUUCUGACCAGACCAGUUUGGGGAAAAAAGGAAAACAUGGUGUUUUGCAAUUACCUUUUCCUCUCCCCAGUUCCACCCUUCUCCAGGUGCAGAAGAGAAGAAUGCACAAUGAAUUUCUACAAGCAAUGUCCAAGGGGUCAAUGAUGUUCAGGGAUGUAUCUAUAAACUUCUCUCAGGAGGAAUGGGAAUGCCUGGAUUCUGGUCAGAUGAAUUUAUACAAAGAAGUGAUGUUGGAGAAUUUCAGCAACCUGGUUUCAGUGGGACUUUCCAAUUCUAAGCCAGCUGUGAUUUCCUUAUUGGAACAAGGAAAAGAACCCUGGAUGGUUGAAAGAGAGCUGACAAGAGGCCUUUGUUCAGAUCUGGAAUCUAUGUGUGAGACCAAGAUACUAUCCCUAAAGAAGAGACAUUUUAGUCAAGUAAUAUUUACCCAUGAAGACAUGCCCACUUUUAUUCAGCCCACAUUUCUUACUCCACAUCAAAAAACUGUUAAUGAAGAGAAACCCUGUGAAUGUAAGAUAUGUGGAAAGGCCUUUAAUCAGAACUCACAAUUCAUUCAACAUCAGAGAACUCAUUCUGCUGACAAAAGCUAUGAGUGUAAGGAGUGUGGGAAGACCUUUAGCCGUGGCUCACUUGUUACUCGACAUCAGAGGAUUCACACUGGUGAAAAACCCUAUGAAUGUAAGGAAUGUGGCAAGGCUUUUAGUUGUAGUUCAUAUUUUUCUCAGCAUCAGAGGAUUCACACUGGUGAAAAACCCUAUGAAUGUAAGGAAUGUGGAAAAGCCUUUAAUUAUUGCUCAAACCUCAAUGAUCAUCAGAGAAUCCACACUGGUGAGAAACCCUAUGAAUGUAAAGUAUGUGGAAAAGCCUUUACUAAGAGUUCUCAACUUUUUCCACAUCUGAGAAUUCAUACUGGUGAAAAACCUUACGAAUGUAAGGAAUGUGGGAAGGCCUUUACUCAACACUCAAGGCUUAUUCAACAUCAGAGAAUGCAUACUGGUGAGAAACCUUAUGAAUGUAAGGAAUGUGGGAAGGCCUUUAGUAGUGCCUCAACACUUACUAACCAUCAUAGAAUUCAUGCAGGCAAGAAACUCUAUGAAUGUAAGGAAUGUGGAAAGGCCUUUAUUCAGAGCUCAGAACUUAUUCAACAUCAGAGAAUCCAUACAGAUGAAAAACCUUAUGAAUGUAAUGAAUGUGGGAGGGCUUUCAAUAAAGGCUCAAACCUUACUAGACAUCAAAGAAUUCAUACUGGUGAGAAACCCUAUGACUGUAAGGAAUGUGGAAAGGCCUUUGGUAGUCGCUCUGACCUUAUUCGUCAUGAAGGAAUUCAUAUUGGGUGAAAGAUAAGCUCUGUUGAUAAUCUUUAUAACAAUAUACUUAAAACAGGCAAGGGAAAAAAACAAAACAAAACAGUGUAGUAGUUUUUUUAGGCUACUGUAACAAAG